CAACCAAAUCAGGUUGAUCGUUAGAAUCACAAUUAGCAACUUUAAUUGUUGCAACAAGUUGGUCUUUUAACUUUUAUUUUAAUGUUUUUGUUAAAUAAUCUAAACAAAUUCCUUUUUUACUUGUUAAAUUAAAGUGAAUCUAUUUGAAUUGAUGAUCGUUUAAACUCCAUUAACUUCCUAAGUGAAUGACCGAAGUGCUGAGAUUAUGGUGACCAUUGGAAAAAGUAUCCAUUUGUUGUGUCUACUUUUCUUUUCUGUAAAUGUUUCAACGUGUAGAAUAAGCAACAGUUUUAUUAAUUGAUUGGUGUAAUUAUUUCAUCGGUUUUAAUCAAUUUACCCUUUUGGAAGGUGUUAACGGCAAAGUUUCAAUUUAUCAACUAAUUUAUACAAAUAUCAAAAGUUAAAAUCUAUGUUCACCAUGAGCUCUACAAUGGUAGUGACAAGAACAACAAGAACAAAAAUAUCAACAUUAUUUGAAAGAAUUACUUGUAAUCAAAAUAAUAAUUGUAACCUUUUUUGGUUAAUCUUCUUGGUGUGAAUGAUACUUCUCAUCAGUGAACAACAACCUACAGAUUUUAGGUUAUUUUCCACCAUCUUUUUAUUCAUCUUAUUCCCUUUUCCCAAUUUCCUUUUCUACGCUUUUUUAAUAUUGACCUAAAAUGAUCACAAGGAAUUUUCUUCAUUAUUGUGAACCAUUUUGGAUUAUAUUGUUUUCUUUUAUUCUUGUUAACCAUCAUGCUGUUUAUAUAUGGGCUCAAAGUUUAACUGCGCCACCACCUAAUCCACCAAGAGAUUUACAAAUAGAAGUAGUUUCGGGUAAAAUUGUUCAUCUUGAUUGGAGUCCACCAACUUCCGGAUCAAUCACUGGCUAUGGACUUACAAUUGUACCUCUUUCAGAACAAGAUGAAACGGGUAUUCGUAAUCUUCAAGUAGCUAUAACAGAUGAUCUACCCUUAACUUUACGUGAUUUAACUCCAGGAGGAACUUAUGAGAUUCAAUUACAAUCAGUAAAUGGUAAUAGUUCUAGUAACCUUUUCCUGUCAGCCAAUUUUACCACCAAACCCAAUACACCGGGACGUUUCAUCGUUUGGUUUAGAAAUGAAACAACUUUACUGGUUCUUUGGCAACCUCCUUACCCUGCGGGUAUUUUUGAUCAAUACCGGGUGAGUAUUGAACCUCGAGAUGCUAUUCAGUCAGUUCUUAAUGUUGAUAAAGAAUCUGAGCCUCCGGGUCCAGCCCAAGCAGCUUUUUAUGGAUUAGUGCCUGGUAGAGCUUACAACAUUUCCGUUCAAACCGUUAGUCAUUCACAAAUAAGUACACCAACCGAAGCCAAAUACUGGACUGUGCCUUUACCACCAACAAAUGUUACCUUUGACCCUAACACGGUUGCUUCAAAUUCAUUUGAUGUUAAAUGGUCUCCACCUAAAUCAUUAUCUGAAUUUGAUCGGUAUCAAGUGUCACUCUCAAUGAAAAGCUCAAUACCCAAAUCAGUGCCUAAAGAUGCACCAAGAAUGGUUACUUUUAAUGAAAACCUGGAACCAGGUAAAACUUAUGAAGUGGUUGUGAAAACAGUUUCCGAUAAUGUGGCCAGUUGGCCGGUAACAGUUAACGUUACUACAGCUCCAUUGCCAGUGGCUCAUCUGAAAGCUCAUCCCGGUGAAGCGGGUGAGAUUAAACUUUCCUGGGCUGUGAAUAAUGAAUCAAUUCAAGAUUCAUUUAUGAUUAAAUAUCAUGAAUUGGAAGCAUUUAAUUCAGAUGGAUCGGUUCAGGUUGUUCAUGAUACCAAAGUGAUUCUUGAAAACUUACUUGAUGGUCGUAAUUAUUCAAUUACAGUGGUUGCUGUUAGCAAAGGAACAAAAAGUGAGGAAAGGAUUAUCUUCCAACCCACCAAGCCCGCUCCACCGGUUAUCGGAAUAUUAGAACCAGUCACCAAUCAUAAGCUCAACGUUUCCUGGAAAUCAGAUGUAACCAGUCGACAAGAUUCUUAUAAAGUUGUUUGGAUAAGAAAUGAUACUCGAGAUAAAGAGGAAGCAAUUACCAAAAACAAUUGGCUUCUAUUGGAAGGAUUGACUUCCGGUGGAUCUUAUACCAUAAAUGUUUCAGCCAUUUCUUAUGGUUUGGUCAGUGAACCUCACACUUAUUUCACCACAAUACCUCCUAGACCUCCAGGUGGACCACAAAUUGCCAAAGCAUCUAAUUCAACGGUCAUUUUAACAUGGACUCAACCAAAUUCAUCUCUAGUUGACCAUUAUAUUGUUCGUUACCGUCCAGUUGGGUCAACUUUUUGGCGUGAAAUGGGUGUUAUCAAUAUAACAACCACAGAAAUUCGUGACCUGGUUGCCGGUGAACGUUAUGUUUUCCGGGUUAACACAGUUUCCAACAAAGUAGAAAGUCCUGAUGUCCGAGAAAUUGAGCAAACCAUGUAUCCUAAUUCAGUUGAAUCAGUAACCUAUUCAAUAGGCUCUGAAAAUAUUACUUUCAAAUUAGUCACACCAUUAGGACGUGUUGAUUACUAUAUAAUAGUUUAUAAUACGGUUCGUGAACCAACUCAACAAAAUUCAAAGCAAGUGGCAGCGGGAAAUAAUACCCGAGUGGGAACUCUAAUGACCAUUGUAAUCGAUGAACUUACUCCGGGAGACAUGUACUCAUUUCGCUUCUAUGCCGUUAGCCAUAAUCUUCGCAGUGAAGGAAUCGGUGUUCAAACCAGAACAAUGCCUGUGAUAAACUCGGUAAUUAAUAUUGUUACCGAUGAACAAGAAACAAAAACACUGGGAAUUAAGUAUACUCCAACUCCUCGACGUAAUGUGAUCUUUGACCGUUAUCGUUUCCAACUUGUCAGUGAUCCGUCCAUACCCGCUCAAGAAAAGCUUCACAAUGAUACCUCUCGAUUGGUACUUUUUGACAACCUGAUACCAGGUCGAUUGUACAAUAUUUCAAUUUGGACAGUGUCCGGUGGUGUUCAUUCAGUUCCUAUCAUUCGAGAAGUUCGUCUCUUCCCAGAACCAGUUCGUUCACUUUCAGCAUUGAAAAUCGCCGAUACUGAGAUCACUUUAGUUUGGGAAGCACCAAUAGGCGAUAAAGAUUGUUAUGAGAUCACUUACCUUGACCCACAGAUAACCAAUCGUUUAGUAAGAAAUAUAACUUUCACAGAGAAAAUAUUUCAUUCUGGGCUGAAACCUCAUCAAAAUUAUUCCUUCGAAGUGACCUCACUAAGCGGCUAUGGAACCUCAACCCUUCUUAGAAGUUCACCAAUCUCUCAAACAUUUACCACCUCUGAAUCGAUACCUGGUCGUGUGGCUGUUUUUCACUCGCUCGAUGUUAAACCAAAUGAAAUCACCUUAAAAUGGGAUCUUCCCGCUUCCGAGCAAAAUGGUGUCAUCACCGGUUUCAACAUAUCUUAUUAUCCAAAGGGAAAUCCCGUCCUUAAGCAUCAAUCUUUCGGUCCAACUGAAAAUCAAGGAACCAUUUACCAGUUAAUUCCUGGUAAAAUUUAUGUCUUCCAAAUCCAAGCUCACACCAAAAUUGGCCCAGGAUCAAAAGCAACUUGGGAGGAAACGAUGCCCAUUUGGUAUCAAGUGAUUGAACCUUUCUACCCUUUCAAUGGCUCCCUGGUCGAGGAUUUCACCAUAGGUUCAGAGGAUUGUCUCAAUGCCAAUGCCAUUAAGAAAUAUUGUAAUGGUCCCUUAAAAUCUGGUUCUGUUUACAAGGUUAAGAUACGAGCCUUUACUGCUCCAGAUAAAUUCAAUGAUACACUUUAUUCAUAUCCCAUAGCCACGGAUCCUGAUAAUACUGCUCUUUACGUGGGAAUUUUCCUUCCCUUGUGUUUACUCAUUCUCCUUGGUUUUAUCGUCUUGGUACUGAAACGUAAACGUCUUGGACCAUUUAGUUCACGAAUCAUCAAGAAUCCAAAUAAAUCAUCAGUACCACAUAUGGGUGGUAAAGAAGAUGCUCUCUCAAUUGCUGAAAGUGAAAUAAUCACCAGUCGUCCAAUCAAAUUAAAAGAUUUCUCUGAACAUUAUCGUCUAAUGUCCGCUGAUUCGGAUUUCCGUUUCUCCGAGGAAUUUGAACUUCUCAAACAUGUAGGCCGAGAUAAACCCUGUACAGCAGCUGAUUUACCAGUUAAUCGACCUAAAAAUAGGUUCACCAAUAUCUUACCAUAUGAUCAUUCUCGUGUUAAACUGUUACCAACUGACGAUGAGGAAGGAUCAGAUUAUAUCAAUUCUAAUUACAUUCCAGGUUAUAAUUCACCUCGAGAAUUUAUUGUUACCCAAGGACCGUUACAUUCAACUAGAGAUGAUUUUUGGCGAAUGAUUUGGGAACAAAAUUCCCGAGCAAUCGUAAUGUUAACUCGAUGUAUUGAAAAAGGCCGUGAAAAGUGUGACCAUUAUUGGCCUUUUGACACUCAACCUGUUUACUAUGGUGACAUCCAAGUAACUGUACUCAACGAAUCUCAAUAUCCUGAUUGGACUAUUUCAGAAUUUAAAGUGAUGCGAGGAGAUCAAUCUCGAAUAGUUCGUCAUUUUCAUUUCACUACCUGGCCUGAUUUUGGUGUUCCCGAACCUCCAAUAACCUUAGUCAAAUUUGUUAGGUCAUUUAGAGAGCGGGUUCUACCAGACAGCAACAAACCUAUCGUAGUACAUUGCAGUGCUGGUGUCGGUCGAUCGGGAACCUUCAUCGCUUUGGAUCGGAUUCUACAGCAAAUCCAAAAAUAUGAUUAUGUUGAUAUUUUUGGAAUAGUUUAUGAAAUGAGACGCGAACGAGUUUGGAUGGUACAAAAUGAACAACAAUACAUUUGUAUCCAUCAAUGUUUACUUACUGUUCUCGAAGGAAAAGCCGAUCUAAUGGAUUCACCUCGACCCGAAUUACAUCUUAACCCUGGUUUCGAUGAUGAUGAAGGAAUUGCUGAAUCUGGAAUCUAAUCAUGAAUAAUAUUGUUUGAUUGUAGUAAUUUUCUCUCUCUCUCUCUCUCUCUCUCUCUCUGUUAAAAUGUAUGUAUGUAAUUUUUAAAGGAAUAGCCACAAUUUUCACUAAACAAUUUCCAAAUCAAAUUGACUCAAGAUAUGAAUACAAAUCAAUUCAAAUCCAUGGAAAUAUAACCAAAUUAAACUACUGAAAAAGAAA